CUUGUUACGACCAGCAAAUGAAUACCAUGGCAAACCUAUCAGCCCUUCUUGCAGGCUCUAUAUGCUUGUGUCUGGUCAUAGCUCUAAUCAAAGUCCUUAACGAAUAUUGGUGGACGCCACUUCGGAUUCAGCAUCUAAUGAGUUUGCAAGGAAUCAAAGGAUCUUCUUACAAGUUCAUCCAGGGAAACAACAAAGAGACUAUAAAAAUGAAACAGGAAGCAUUAAGCAAGCCCAUGGCUACUUUAUCACAUGAUAUAUUGCCCAGAGUCCAUCCUCAAAUUCAUUCACGGAUCAAGUUAUAUGGGAAAAACUAUCUUAGUUGGGUAGGCACUAGAGCUCAACUGUUUAUCACAGAACCUGACCUUAUCAAAGAGAUGUUGAAAAGUAAUGAAAGAGAUUUCUCAAAAAGGACGAGUAGAGAAAGAAAGAAGAAUGAAGACGAAAUCGGUCGUAAGAUAGUAGGAAAUGGGCUCGUGGCAUCCCAAGGUCAGAAAUGGGCAAGGCAAAGGAAGUUGGCCAAUCAUGCUUUCCAUGGGGACAGCUUAAAAAGCAUGACUCCAGCAAUGAUUGCUAGUGUUGAGAUGAUGCUGGAAAGGUGGAAACAACAUGAAGGCAAAGAAAUUGAAGUUUUUAAAGAAUUUAGGUUGUUGACUUCAGAAGUGAUAUCAAGGGCAGCUUUUGGUAGCAGUUACUUAAAUGGAAAAAAGAUUUUUGACAUGUUGAUGAGGUUGUCUGUCUUGACAAACAGAAACAUGUUUAAAGCUAGGUUUCCUGUCAUUAGUAAGUUCUGGAGAACUGCUGAUUUGAUUGAAUCAGACAAACUUGUUAAAGGAAUACACAAUUCCGUGAUGGAGGUAGUUAAGAAAAGAGAAGAGAAAGUAGCUAGUGGAGAAGCCAACAGCUUUGGCACUGAUUUUCUUGGCUUGCUUUUAAAUGCUUACCAUGAUGCAGGCCAGAAGAACAGGUUGUCUGAACAAGAUUUGGUAGAUGAAUGCAAGACAUUUUACUUUGCUGGACAAGAAACAACUAAUUCUAUACUUGCAUGGACAGUCUUGCUUUUAGCAACCCAUCCAGAUUGGCAAGAGAAAGCAAGGACAGAGGUGAUUGAGGUCUUUGGUAACCAAAAUCCACAUUCUGAAGGCAUGGGCAGACUAAAGAUUAUGACUAUGAUCAUUAAUGAAACUCUAAGAUUAUAUCCUCCAGUAAACAACCUGGCAAGAAGCGUUGAACAUGAAGUUCAAUUGGGAAAGCUCAUUCUGCCAGCUGAUUUGCAAGUGAUUGUCCCAAUUCUGGCACUUCACCAUGAUCCUCAGUUAUGGGGAGAUGAUGUAAAUCUUUUCAAACCUGAGAGAUUCGCAGAAGGGAUUGCCAAUGCCACCAAACACAAUGCUGCUGCAUUUAUGCCCUUUGGGUUGGGACCUCGAUCUUGUGUGGGUAUGAGCUUUGCGGUGACAGAAACAAAGACUGCUCUUUCAAUGAUUCUACAACGCUACACUAUUUCCCUUUCCCCAACCUACUGCCACGCACCAUUUACCCUUGUCUUCCUUCAGCCACAACAUGGAAUUCAGGUAAUGCUUCGUUCUCUGUAGAAUGAAGCCUAGAAUUGUUAAUGGAAUAAUACCUUUUGCAUCAGGUGCUGCAGCCAAUAGUUCACUCGAUGAAAGUGAAAUAUAGUUUUUACUAUUUUACAGUGAUGUUGAUUAAUUUGCACUUGUUUUCAUCCAUUUAGUAGUAAAUGAUGGUAUUAGAACUAAAUGUUUUAGCAAUUGAGUAUGAGGAUCAUGCUCCCCUUGACUACUUAUUGUCUUAUAUUCUGAUAUUUUCAGAUCCUUUUUUCUGUAACAAAAUUCUCCGAAGGCAUUGUUUUUUUUUUUUUAUUCUGCUGUCAAGAGAAAUUGUAAAUAACUUCAGGCUUCCCAUCAAAUCUCAAAUAAAGAACUGGCCUGAAACUGGUGAAAGGGAUUUUACUCUCUUACAGAGCUUAUAUGGACAUUUUAUAGAUUGCCAGAAUUCAGAAACACAACCCUCUCUAUUCUUUCCCAGGGGAAGCAAAUCCUCUCUGGUUUUUUUUUUUUCUUUUCCCUUUUUUUCUGAAAAACAAAAAAGGAUUUUCUUAAAUAGGAAAACUGUAUAAUUGACAGCUGAUUUCCACAGGUACAGAUUUAUCAUAGGCACCAUAAGGCCUGGAUUGUCUUGUAUGAUGUACCCUUGACCUAUUCUACAGGGCAAUGGAGGAUUAAUGGAAUGAAUAAACUAAUUUCAUGAGAAAAUUGACUUGAA